AUGAGUACAAGGGGACAGUCAGGUAGGCGGAUCGAGAUCUACGGCAGAGAGUUUGCCUAUGGAGGACACCCAUAUCCAUUUUCAGGGAUAUUUGAGAUAACGCCAGGGGAUGCCACAGAACUCGGGGAGACAUUCAAAUUCAAAGAGGCCAUUGUUCUGGGCAGCACAGACUUCACAGAGGAGGAUGUGGAGCGCAUUGUGGAGGAGCUGGGGAAGGAGUACAAGGGGAAUGCCUACCACCUCAUGCACAAGAACUGUAACCACUUCUCCUCAGCCCUGUCGGAGAUCCUGUGUGGCAGGGAGAUCCCGCGCUGGGUGAACCGGCUGGCCUACUUCAGCUCCUGUGUGCCCUUCCUGCAGAGCUGCCUGCCCAAAGAGUGGCUGACCCCGGCCGCCCUGCAGUCCAGCGUCAGCCAGGAGCUCCAGGGGGAACUGGAGGAGGCAGAGGACGCCUCCGCCUCUCUGGCCUCCAUGAGCUCCAUGCCUUCCCCCUCCCUCUCCUCUCCUUCCCCCUCCAGGCUGCCCAGGGUUCCCCGACAUCAGCCCCGCCGAUAGGACUAGUCCCAGGGUUCACCAUUGCCUUCAGUGACAGGCUCUGGCAGGGCCCCUCCACAUGGACAGGCUUACUGUACUGUACACCACUCUGCCAAUAGACACUAACCCCAAACCCAACCCACCCCCUACCUACCACCCCUGCCUACUGCGCUCCUGAUGAGACUUGCCAUCCACCAGCGGCAUUGAAGCCCCGCCUACACUGACUUGACUGGCAGACUUGGGGUAAUGGCUACAGGCUCGGAGUACUGUUGUUUUACACGUAAAAAACAACAUUCAGUUCAUGUUUUGUGUAAUUUCUUCAUUUUCUUGGCCUUUAUUUUAUAUACUCAGGACUCUAAAAAAAAUAUUUUCUAUGUUUAGCUUCUUUUGCUUUUCUAACGCUUUAGUCAUCACUCUAUAUAGCAUUUUCUAAAAUGCAUUUUUAAUCCUCUUUUGUUUACAACCUGUUUGUGUGUGUAUGUUUAUGAGUGUGUGUUUUACAAUUACCGAGAAGCUACCACCUGGGCCAAACACCUCCACACUUUUCUUACGACACACACAGCUGAUGUCUACCCCCGUGGCAGCUGUGCCUGGAGAUUUUUACUGUACCUGCUCGUUGAGCUCUGCACUGUUUCUCUAUAGUUUACCUGUUUCUCUCUUUGUAAAGCAGCGGACUCCUUAACCUAGAAUAACUAACUUACUUCAGAUGUUUUACACCGUUUUUAGAGUCUUCUGUGUAACUGAAAAUAUUUGUAUCUCGUUUUAAAGUUAUUAAAGAAAAAUAUAUGACAUA